AUGCUUACUGAAAAUCAGGAGGUAGUUCGGUAUGAUAAGGUUGGCCGUCCAUCACUGCUUUUCCAACACCCAGACCUACAUGACCAAAUAUAUACUUAUGUUGAAUCUGGAUCAGCUGAUCCAAAAAGGAGAAAAGAGGUGAUUAAAGUAAGAAUUAUUGAAAAUUUAUGUAAGAAUUUAGAGGAGAGAUAUAAUAUUUAUAUGGCACGAACAACAUUAAAUAAUUAUCUUUUAUCUCGUCAGGCUAAUUCAAUUGCUGCAAAAGCACAUAGACAUCCAGCAUGGGUUGCUGUAGCUGGGGUUUCACGUACAGAUACUCAAGAACAUCCUGACAGACAUUAUUGUCUUGCAUCUGUUAAGAUACCUGCUGUAGGUCGAACUUUUCAAACCUUACAGUCAAUUAAUGAACCUGUAGUUGUAGCUGAUUAUGAUUUUUCUGUAGGGCAUGGACAAAAAUUAAUUCCUUCUCCUACUGGUACAUCCUCCCUUACACAUAUGCAGGAUCUAAGAAGCCUUACUUUGGAUCCUCAAUAUGAUGAUGUUUUAAAAUUUAAUGAACAAAUUAAACCUAUUUGGAUAUUACUAGUAGACGGUGGGCCAGACGAAAAUCCUAAGCAUUUAAAAAACAUAAAGGUGUAUUGUCAGUUAUUUAAACAAUUUGAUUUGGAUUAUUUAAGUGUACGAACACAUGCUCUGAGGCAGUCAAAAUAUAAUCCCGUUGAAAGAGGGAUGGCGACGUUAUCUGGAAAACUUGCAGGUAUUACCUUACCAGUUGAUCACUUUGGCAAGCAUUUAGAUUCACAAGGCAAAAUUAUAGAUCCUGAAUUGGCUGUUCAAAAUUUUCGAUAUGCUGGAGAAAUUCUUUGCGAUGCUUGGAGUCAUGAUUUAAUUUUUGGAAAGUGUGUUCAUACUCAAUAUGUCGAUACAUUUACAAAUCCAUUUGAUAAUUUACAGUUCGAGGGUUCAGAAAAGGAAAUGAUCAAAGAAUUAAAAAGGCAAGAAAAGCAAAACCAAAUAAAUAUAGAAAAGGAAGAUGAAGCACCUGAUGUUUUAUUCCAUGGUCUUGAAUUGAAAAUCACUGCAACUUGUGCGCAUAUUCUACUGAUAUUAAAAAAUGCAAAGAUAUUAAUUGUUGUGAAGUGUUUAGAGCAAAAGAAGUGA